AGCGUUUAUGGCGGAUGGCUCACGAAGGUACAUUUAGGGAAGUUUUCCGAGCGAAAAAAGGCAUAAAGAGGCGUUCGAAGUACCCCGUGUCUGUUUCAAUGUGUUACCUGAGGCCUUUAGACAGUAUUCUGGAAAAGUGACUUUUAAGCUGUCAGUUACUCUUUAAAUGCAAAGUCUUGACUAUGGAAAUCUUUGUGGAAAACACUCAUUUACCUUCUGGUUAUGGAGAGGAUUUUACGAGUUCAAUUGACGACGAUUUACUGUGUUUAAUUUGUCUACUUCCACUUCGAGAACCAGUUCUGACGAGAUGCGGCCACAGAUUUUGUCGACAAUGCCUCGAGCAACAUCUUGCAAGGUUUGCGCUCGUAUAUCGCUACUUUAUUGUCACUCAUCAAUGUUAAGUUACGAUCUACUCAUCGUUUAAAAAAAUUUGGUAAGAUAUUUUUUAUAUAAGCGUAAGAAAGGUAAACCGUGGGUGACUAACAUCUUGCGCUGAAUAAAGCUUAUUGUUCUCUUGAUUUCCACUUUCGAUUCCAAUAAUAUACUCGUUCGCUUUGCUCACUCGUGAAAUAUUUUUCACCACUCGAAGAUAAAUUUCGUAUCUCCGCGCGGCCAUAUAAUAUCCUCCAUAUCUUUGCAAUUGAGAAACAUUUCUCGAAUGUAAUGUCUCUUUCACGAAAGAUCGACGAAGUGCUAAUAGCCAUUUGUAAUGCAAAUCUUGACUUCACUAGCAUCACAGAAUCAUAGCUUAAAAACCACAUAGAUGAUAAUUUCGUGUCGGUUUCGGGUUAUAAUACCUUCCGUCGAGAUAGGGAAACAAGUUUUUAUAUCUUAUGUAACAUACACGCAUUGUGUCUGUUUCGGGUUAUAAUACCUUCUGUCGAGAUAGGGAAACAAGUUUUUAUAUCUUAUGUAGCAUACACGCAUUGUGGAUACAUCUUAUGUGUAACGGGGCGGACGCUGGCAUAAAUCGAAUAUAACUUGAACAACACCGCGUCGGAGAAAUGUUUUAUAGUAACGGAACCUACAAGCGUUUAUCAAAUCUCAAUUGGUUUAUUAAUCGCUUGAAAGUUCGUAAAAACUGAAACACAAUAAAUUAAAAUAGGCCGUUACCAUACUAACUAUUAUUAUGCUUGCGACUAACACGUGUCUCGUGGCCUAAUGAAACAUAAUGCCGACAAUUCGAAAGUAUGUCACCAAAAAAAAAGGUAUACUGAAAGUCACGCAAAUCACAGCCAAAAAUAGCCUUUGCUACAUUAUGUUGCAUAUAUGCAGUGUGUGUACAGCUUAUGUUGCAUACAUGAAUUCGCAUCGAUUGGUGUAUAUUUGAGCAUGUAAUAAUUUUUAUAAGAAAUAUCCCAUUUGCUCCCUAUUCCCGAGCAGACCCUUGUAACGACGUAAACAAGCACCUGAGACCAAUUUCACUUACACCUAUCCUUUCCAAAAUAUUUCAAAACCAAAAUUAUGAGUUUUUUUUUUCAACAGGCAAGAAAGUCAACAUCAAGUCUAUAAUUGCCCUGUUGACAGAGAGAAACUUGAGCGCAGCCAGGUACAUAAAACGGGUAACAUAGAGUCUGGUUCAUGCAGGAGCAAAUGUAGAUUUAUCAGUCGAACGCGAACAUUGGGCUACCGAGAUGAUGAGAUAAGUCGGUGCAGUCGAUGACAUCCAACAUGGCGGGGAGGCUUUUAGUCUGCGCAAGAAUGGCGAUUUCUUAGAUACCUGCGAAGUAUCUUUACUAUUUCCCUUAUUCAAUGCAGCGAAAAAUUUAAGCUUCUAUAGGCCUAAAAGUAUUUCGGUAUUGCGUGGAUGCGUUCGCAAUUAGAUUGUUCAAGUACUUCAGUGCUCCAUAUGUCUUUGAAAUAGGCCCAACUUUAGCUGUGCAGUGCUGGACAUCAGAUUUAAUUGUAGUCCAGCUCGUCUUUACGUUCAACUUUGAGACGAAAAUAAAAAUUAAUAGGCGUAAAAACGUUUAUUUUCAUUUCAAAUAGGACGUAUUUCCUGACAAAGCAACUGAAAGGAAGAUCCUCUCGUUUACCAUAAAAUGCCGAAAUGAAGGUUGCGAGUGGACUGGUGAACUGAGGGAAAAAGAGGUACAGUAUCUCUCUUUUUCACAGAUUUAGAAAAUUUUACUCUUUUCUAUAGGGGUAAUGAUGCCCAUUGUGCUGAAGGGCAGAAACACCAUUUGCUUUCCGUGGCAAAAGAAGUUUUAAAGCUUAAAAUAGACUCGGGACAUGAAUGGCCGCGUCCUUUGCAGGUUCUAGAGGUCGUGAGUAGUGUAACAUUCUACAAUGAUACCGAAAUAAAGUGUACGACAUUGAAAAUGAACUUAUGCAACCCCCCAAAGAUAAAAUCGUUCAAGGCUGCAUAAGCUUUAUAAAACACAUUCGACUUUAAGAAGUUUGAAAUGCUCUUUAGUGAUUGACACUUAUAGCAGUUUUUAUUUCUUGCAGUGUGAACAGUGAUUGAGUGAAAUUCAUACUUUUAUUCUCUUGUCACUGACCAGUUUUUUUCAAGAAUAUUGCAACAUAUAUUUAGCUUUUAUUGUUCGUGUUAACAAUAAACGGCUCAAACGUCGCCUUACCUUGAUUUUUACUAUUUUCCUAGAAUCAUCUGCUAUCCUGCAGUUUCUGUGUUGUGCCUUGUGCAAACAAAGAGUGUCAUGCUACCAUCAAAAGGCAUGAAUUAGAAGAUCACGUGAUGAACACUUGUGAAUGGAGUAUGGUUGCGUGUGAUUAUUGUUGCGUGCUUCAUCCGAAAUGUUUGAAGCAGGUAAUUUAUAACACAUUAAGAUAUCCUCGUAUAGAACGACAAAUUUGAAACCAUCGAAGACCUUAACCACCAAUUCAUCAUCAGGGCUUAAGACAGCACUAAGUGCUUUUGGGAGCUCAGGGAAAUAUAAUUAUUGGCAGUGGUAGCUACCAUGGUUUGGAAAGUACAGUUGGCGAAGUUUACUUUCCUCAAGGAAUCUCGUUCUUAGGCCUUUCUUGUCCUAAGGAGUGGAAGAAGGAGAGAUCCUGGGGAAAGAGUUUGAGAGAUUUAUGCGCCAUGUUGUAAUGCUAAUAGCACAAUGAGUAACGAUUAGAAGAUUUUAGUGGACCAGUCCAUUGAAACAACCAUGGACGUAUCUAUCUUCUUCCUCUCAGGAGCAUAUGGACGAUUGUACAAAGAUGCCACUGGAAUGCGCAAAUGGUUGUGGUGAAAAAAUCGUGCGAGAAAAGGUAUGCGGAACGUGGUUAGUCAACGCGGUAUUUCAUUGAAAUAUUGAGCUUCUAAAGAAAUCUUUUUUUUACAAUAGAUUGAGACCCACAAUGACAGCGAUUGUCCACUGGCCACGAUCUCCUGUCCAUAUGUUGACAUGGGGUGUACCACCAAGGUAAUUACCAAUAAUCACUUUUCUUCGGUCAUUCAUCACGCCACUACAACGUAGGUAAUUAAAAUUGGACAAGAAAGCUGAUCGCUUUUUAACUUACUGUAAAUUGUUACAUAAGCGUCCUUGUGAAGUGUUCUAUUAUUUAAAACCAACAUUUGUCAUUUAGCAGUGAGUGUGGGCUAAUGUUACUCAUUCGAAAUUUACCAUUUGAGUUAUGAGCGACAGUUUAGCUAAAAUUUUUGUCAUAUCAGUUGGGAGACCCUUGUGGUCAGCCGAGAAGAUGAGAAUUGUAUUUUCUUGACCAUAAUAAUCAUAAUAAUAUAUAGGCGGAGAACAGCAAUUCCCUGGACGAGCGUACUGGUAAGCUACCUGUUUUUUUUUGGGGAAAAAGUGCCCUGUUAUGCUUCGCACUGUCCCGCUUUGCGUAUAGUUGACUAUCAGAGUCUUUGUCGCGUUCGUAAACCGCGACUCAGAACUGCAACGUUUAAUAUACCUGAAAAAAAAUGUCCUUUAGAAAGACAGAUUUGCGAGAUUGCCUCAGACAAAGUUUUUCUGCACUUGUGUUUUAAUGAUAGUUAUAUAAAAAGCUCGGGGGUACUUUGAAGUUUUUUUUCCCCAUGUGACGUUUUUUAGGGGAAUGGGGAAGGGGAGGGGGGUGGUCAUGGGUGCAGACAAAUCCCACCUACUCCGUAGUAUCUCAGCUGUUAGUCACAUGUAGUUCUCCAUAUCCUCUAUCCCUCCUUUUAGAUGCUAAGAAAGGAAGUCCAAAUGCAUCUUCAGACCGCUAUGAGAAUCCACUUUGAAAAUGCCUGCAGAGUUUUCAAAGAAGCGAAUUCCACACUUAAAGAGAAAGUAAACGAACUUGAAUUGAAGCAGGCGGAAAUUGAUCUGGAGAAAUUAACUCUGCGAAAGCAAGUACAGGAAUUAAAAUCCGCCAAUGCCGUCCUCGAAGCUAAAGUAAUCGCCCAGGAGAAAAAUGUGUCAGAAUUAAUGAACGGAAAAUUUGUGUGGAAGAUAAUUGGUUUCAGCAUCAUAUUAAAAAAUGCCAAGAGUGGGUCUGGUAAAGAGAUAUACAGUUCUCCAUUCGUAACUGGAAAACAGGGUUACAAAUUUUCGAUUUGUUUACGACCUGAUGGAGAUCACUCAUUAAGGCACACGUACGUUUCUGUAUUCCUGCGUGUUAUGAAAGGUAAUUUCGACGCCAUACUGCCGUGGCCUUUUCGCUGCAACGUCACAUUUACCCUCCUUAAUCAAAAAGACGGGAUAAAUGUGACCGAGAGCUUCAGCGAUCACCUUAUUCAAAGACCGAAUUCAGAUGGUUACAUCAGUACCAUCGGCAGUACGAGAUUUAUAUCCCACAAGAACCUGAUGACAUCAAGCUACCUUGUUGAGGACACCAUGUUUCUUCAAGUGGAGGUUUGUCCACGCAUCUGAACACAAUUCUGAGACACGCAGAUGUUGGACUAGAAUACUACGAAAUGACAGAAAAUGAAACUAUAAACCUUUAAUGUUUGGAUUGCUUAAGGUGACCAUAAAUUGCAUACAUAGAUCCGUUUAAGUUUAAGAGAAAACUGUAUCUUAAUAUGCAUGCUGGUCGCAGUCAGUAGUACACUAUUUCAGUUUGCUCCAGAUUGCAUUGAUUGUCGCACCGCAAUAAGAUUGAAAAUAACUCUCAGUGUGAGAACUUUGGGAGAGCAGGGAAAUCAAAUUUGGUGUUAGCUCCUUAGGAGUUGGUCCCAUGUUACGAAAAGCAUCCGUGAUUAUGCGUACAACACGAUAAUGCAAAAGAACAAUUGUUGGAUAAUAGACGGAUGAUACCUUAAAAACAAUCUUAAGGGAUUAUUUUCCCCAUCUUUACUGCGAUGAUUACCCAACUUUACGUUUAUAGUGCACUUUCCUAUUAAUUUUUAGUUGUUUGUGUUGUGCUGCGUCAGUUUCCUAAGGAACCAAUAAACUUGGUUUACAUUUUGCACAUCAAUCUGUUUUGAUACUUUUUGAAAUUACAACCAUGCCAGGAAUCUAUGGAUAACCACUGGUAUUUUUCCCUUUCUACCAGUGGUGUAAAUUAAGGGUGUUAGGUGAAAAGCUGACCCUAAGCUUACAGCAAAGUUGACCAAGAACAUGAUCCCGAGAUGAUAUGGCUGACAGAAAGAAUUCUAAGCCCAUUUACAAUGGCUACUUAGUCGGUUAUUCGAAGUACUUCGAAGCACCACAACCGUAACCUAACCAUAAAAUUGGGUAAACAUACCAUAUAACUCGCAGAGCUUUCUCUGUCGCUAAAACGUCCGUAUGAUAACAGACCAGUAAGCUUGGGUUUGAUCCUCACCGAACACUUAGUUUAAUAAUACCAUUGAUCAGAACUUCAGCUAUAGAAUUAAACCUGCCGUUCACCUUCAUUCCAGGGGGUCCCUUGUUUCUAUCUGGUCCGGCUGGUUCAGCGGGUCCCUUAGAACCAUUAAAAGACAAAGUAAGUUCGAGUUAAGAAAAGAUGACAAGGAAUUUUGGAGCCGUGACUGAUAGAUUUGAUACAGCUAUUAAAAGACGUUGCACUAGUAUGAUAUGUCUUAUUCUACUGUUAAUUGCAGAACAAAAGUACUUUAAUUUAUGUUAAUUUUACUUAAAUACGGUUAAUCAGCAGAGAUUAUGUCCAGCAGAUCAAGAAAUCUAAAAACAAAUUCAAUUAAAAAUUGCGCUUUAAAAUAACUUGUGGAGUUUUCGGUGUAAAUUUUCCUUAUUACAAUUUAAUGACAAGAAAGAGUAAGAAACAUAAAGAAUGUGAUAAGGGUGGUCAGCAAAAGAGUCGUAAACAUCAUACGAGACCGACCACCUUGAUUGCCCAAUUAGUAAUUUAUUUAGAGAGAGGAUUUAGAAACACUUAAAUACGCUCUUUGGUGUGUAACGAGGAUAAUUGAGUAAUCAACGCGAACAUUACCAGGAGAAGAGCGGAC